UAUAACUUUCCUCCUAUAUAUAUAUACAACAACCUUAUAUAUAAGUUAUUUCACUAAACCAAUACAAUAACUUUUCCUCUUCUACACACAAGAACAAGAUCAAUUAUUUCCCUCUUCUUCUAAGUUCAAUUCAUUUUAAUAAUAUUAAUCCUGUAAAGAAGAAUGGGGCAACAACAAUCACAGUGUAAGGAAGAGCUUCUGUUUCAGCAAGUGGGUUACAACGACGUCGAAGCUAUCAAAUCCCUUCGCCGUGAAGGUGCAGGACUCGAGUGGGUGGAUAAGUUAGGGAGAACGCCAUUAAUCUCAGCUUGUAUGAAUGAAGAUCUAUAUGAUGUAGCUAAAACUCUGCUUCAGUUGGGUUCUAAUGUCAAUGCUUAUCGAUCCGGUCGCAAUAGUGGGACUCCUCUGCACCAUGCUGCAAAAAGAGGUCUCGUAAACACUGUUAAGUUACUUCUCUCUCACGGUGCAAAUCCACUGGUUUUGGAUGAUAAUAUUCAGACAGCUCUUGAGGUUGCUAGAGCUGAAGGUCAUAGCAGUGUUGUCCGUGCAAUCGAGAAUCACACCUGCUUGUUCUCUGGUUGGAUGCGUGAAUUGUAUGGCCCAAGCUUUCUUGAAUUCUUUGCUCCUGACUUUUUUUCAAGAAGAGUAUGGGUAGUUGUCGUACCAACUGGUUCACGAAACCCUGCAAAGCCUUUCAGGUUGGAGUUGGCUGUGUAUGAUAGUCUAAAGGAUGCACAACCAAGGAUGGAGAUGCCUUUGUGGAAAGCCAGUUUGGAUGAACCAAAACCAUCAUCACAGUCUGAUGAUUCAGUGAUGAUUGCUAAAAACUCCACAAAUCUAAGUGGCAGAAGGCAGGGACGACAAAGCGCAUUCGUUUCUCAGGCGCGGCGUUGGGCUCAAGUCGAUAGGCAAAUGCGUCUGGCAGCUGAGAGAAAAGGCGACAAGAAACAGCUGAAGUGGUUUUGUGAGGCAUGUAAAGGUACUCCACAGCCAAUGAAUCCACCAAUGUUUCUGCAAACAUUUGAAACAACCUCUGCUCCACCUCAGUCUGCAAUGAAUGAGAUGCCAAUGCUCAACCAUCCUGCUAUGACUCCUGUCGACAUCUCACUCCCUUCUGCAAACAGUGAGGGUACUAAAGAAGAUGGAAUGUGUGUGAUCUGUGCGGAUGCAUCAUCUGAAGCAGUGUGUGUGCCCUGUGGACAUGUUGCUGGAUGCGUUUCUUGCUUGAAAGAAAUUAAAAACAAGAAAAUGGGAUGUCCCGUUUGCCGUGCCAACAUUGAUCAGAUGGAUUCAUCAUCUCCACAUCAACAAGACAGAGACAAUGUUGUAUAUGGAUUUGAGUUUGACGACCAAGGAGAAUGGUUUCAGACUCCAUAAGCAAAUCAAUGGAGAAAAAGAAAACAAAUCAUGAAGAUGGAGAUAGGUUCUGAACAACCUAAACCUCAGAGGAUAAUUACUCCAAGGUCAUGUGUAUGGGUUCAUUUCACAAGGCUACCAAAUAACCGUAAUUUAUGUACCUGCCACUUUUGCAAAAGAGAAUUCAAGUGUCCAACAAAGUCAGGGAGAAUAGAUUGUAUGCAUUGGGAGUGGAAGAAUUGUCCCACAGCAUGGAGAGGACAAUAUUUACGUGGAUAUGAAAAACCGACAAUCGUACUAGAUGUUGUGGCUUCGCAAGAUUUAUGGAUUUGGCAUGCAUUUUUUGGAUCCUUAGGUACAUUAAAUGAUAUCAAUAUUUUAGACCGAUCACCAGUGUUUGAUGAUAGACUAGAGGGUCGAGCUCUGAGAGUUACCUACGUUGUCGGUGAAUGACAAUACAAAAUGGUGUACUACUUCACUAACAGUUUCUAUCCCUAAUAGGCAACUUUUAUCUAAUCAAUUACACUUACACAGGGUCAAAAAGCACACAUCUUAGCUCAAUGUCAAGAAUCAUGUCGAAAAUAUGUAGAGCAUGCAUUUAGAGUCUUGCAAGCUUGAUUUGCAAUCGUGAAGAAUCUCGCGCUUUUUGAGAUAAAGAAAAAAUAUGCCAGAUAAUGAGAGCAUGUAUCAUAUUGCAUAACAUGAUAGGGGAAGAUGAACGACAUGAAUACAUUUUCUAAGAUCCAUCAGAGUUCUAUCAGGGAGAAGAAAGCGAAAUUUCUCAUGUGAAUUUAUCAUUUUCUACAGAUAGGGCAGCGAACCACUAAUAUGAUGAACAUACAAAUGAUGUUUGUGAUACGAAAAUGCAUGAACGUCUAAAAAAUACUUGGUUGAGCAUAUUUGGCAAAAAUUUGGUGCAACCCAACAAUAGAACCGAGUUCAUUUU